GUCUAUAACUGGAUUAAAAAAAAGGUGUGGGGAAAUGGAGCGAAGUUGGUCUUGAAUGUGGCUACAGAAAUUUUCUUCAAUGAGAAAACAUUGGAUAACUUAAGAUAAGGAAGAGGCUAGACUUCUGUCUAGUAUUAAACAAUCCCGUUGGCAGCUCCAACAUGAGUGAUGUGGAUUCUCAUUCAGUCUCCAGUGGACCUCUUUCUGUGAGACCUCAUAUUAAUGUAGCAGUUGUGAUUGAUCUUACUGUCUCUGUUGGGCUUAACCAUCGUCGUGGAGCUUAUGAAGAAAUUCAGAAAGCAUGUAAUCAUAUAGGAGCAACUGUUCAUCAUGUUCCAUUUCAGAAAUUGGACUUUGGAGAAGCUAAUGUUCUGGACUUGUUUUAUAAUGCUGAUGUUGCAGUUGUGGAUCUUUCUAUUUUGGAUCAGCAGAACUCACUCUUUUACCAGCUUGGUGUUCGCGAGAGUUUUGGAAUGAAACAGAACAUCCUGAUUCAUAAUGAUCACACUACAGAUGUUCGUGUUCCGGUGCCUUUGAAAAUUCCUCCAACUUGUGGAAACUACAACUUGAUCCCAUACAAACUAAAUGAUAUGGGAACAUGUGUCGUAACUGAGUCUGGGGCCCUGAGGCUUGUAGGAGAUGAACCAGUAGAUGGGUGGAUACACUUUGGUAUGAGGCUGAGAAAGCUGUUACAAGAAGUGGAAGUGCAAAACAAGGCUCACAUGAAAGAAAAAUUCUUGGCUGAUCUAAGAAAAGCUCGUGAAAGUUACUCAGGAGAAGAACUUGCUAAGAUUCUCCACAACAUGAAGAGACGAUUAGAUGACCCAAAUAUCAUAUCUGGUGAUGCUGUGUUGAAUAUGCUUAUAUCAUUUCGAGAAAUUCAGGAUUAUGAUGCUAUGGUUACUCUAAUUGAUGAUUUGAAGACAGUUCCAAAUGUGAAGUUUACAUAUACAACAGCUAUUCAGUUUCAUUAUGCAUUUGCUUUAAACAGGAGAAAUAAACCAAAGGACAGAGAGAAAGCUUUACAUGUAAUUAAAAAAGCUCUAGAGAAAGAAGAAAACCGUGUACCUGACUUGUUUUGUCUUCACGGUCGUAUCUACAAAGACAUAUUUGUAGAAUCUGAUCACACUGACAAAGAAGCAUUGAAAAAUGCAAUACAUUGGUACCGCAAAGGAUUUGAAGUUCAACCUAAUGAAUAUGCAGGGAUCAAUCUUGCAACUUUACUUGUUAUUGAUGGUAAUGAAUUUUCAAAGUCUUCAGAAUUGCAGCACAUUGGUAUAAUACUAAACAACUUAAUUGGCCGGAAAGGCAGCUUGUCUUCUCUGGAGGACUAUUGGGAUGUGGCAACAUUUUUUGAAAUUAGUGUUUUGGCUGAGGAUUAUGUGAAAGCAAUUCAGGCAGCAGAAUGUAUGUUCAAAUUGAAACCCCCUGACUGGCAUCUGAAAUCUACAAUAGGUAACAUAAGACUGAUAAAUCGAUUUCGUAAAAAGAGCGAAGAGACUGAAAUUACAGCAGAAGAGCAGGUAUUCCAUUUUUGGUUGGAGUAUUUCAUUGAUGCAACAGCUGCUCAUGCAUCUGAUUGUAUUCGUUUUCCUAUAUUGAUCCUGGAACCGACUAAAGUGUAUAUGCCAAGCUAUGUGACUGUCAACAUGGAUGCUGAAGAAAAAUCUAUUCAGAUAUCCAAUCUUUGUCUAGACACUCUAAAGGGGAAAUGUCAUAAGCUUCAUGAAUGGCUUUUUCAUGAUAAUUCUAUCAAGAGUGUUAGUUUGUACAAAAGGGAUGAACGAUGCCUCUUUUUAUACGUUCUUCAGAACUCUGAUGACUUUCAGAUGUUUUUCCCCUCAGCAUGUAUGCGCACUAGAUUUUAUGACUUGUUGUUGGAGAUGACUGUAGAUCAGGAAAGUGUAAUUACAGAUCUGAACUCAGAUAAUCAUACAGGUCCCAUAAAGUAUGAAUAUGAACUUGAUGAACAAGGAAAUCGAACUGUUCUUGGUAAAGGUACUUAUGGUAUAGUCUAUGCAGCUAGGGAUUUAAACACUCAGAUUCGACUAGCCAUCAAAGAAAUACCAGAAAAAAACAUUGGAGAUGUUCAGCCAUUACAUGAAGAAAUCAAGCUUCAUUCCCAGCUUAGUCACAGGAAUAUUGUGAAAUAUCAGGGUUCAGUUAGUGAAGAUGGUUUCUUCAAGAUCUUCAUGGAGCAGGUGCCUGGAGGAAGCUUGUCUCAACUACUAAGAUCAAAAUGGGGUCCUCUGAAAGAUAAUGAGCACACUAUUGUGUACUAUACAAAACAGAUAUUAGAAGGUUUAAAGUAUCUGCAUGACCAAAAAAUUGUUCACCGUGACAUCAAGGGAGACAAUGUCCUCGUGAACACCUACACUGGAAUUGUUAAAAUAUCUGAUUUUGGAACUUCUAAAAGAUUGGCUGGUAUCAACCCUGUGACAGAUACCUUUACUGGUACAUUUCAGUACAUGGCUCCUGAGGUAAUAGACAAGGGUCAGCGUGGAUAUGGAGCACCUGCUGAUAUCUGGUCAUUGGGUUGUACAAUAGUUGAAAUGGCCACUGGAAAACCUCCCUUUACUGAACUGGGCUGCCCUCAAGCAGCUAUGUUUAAAGUUGGUUAUUUGAAGGUUCAUCCAGAAGUUCCACCAACCAUGUCUGAAAAAGCUAAAAGAUUCAUUGAACGGUGUUUUGAGACGAAUCCUGAUCAACGAGCUUCUGCAGCCGAUCUGUUAGAUGAUCCAUUCUUGACAGACUCAGGUAGGAAAAAGAAGACCCACAGACCAGGUGGACAAGAUUUUUCUCGAAGUAUAUCAGUUCCUGCUGAUAGAGCAAACAAGUUGGAUAAACCAGAGAGAGUUAGCAGGUUUGCCAGUACUGGUGAAGAUGGCAUCUCAUUGGCAGCUUUUGGUGGUAAGACAGGCAACACAGAAUUUCUUCUCCCUCGUUCACCUUCGACAUAUUCAUACAGCUCUGACUCAGCUGAUGGUACCAUAAUGACAAGACGAUCUAGUUCAGGAAUGCUCAGUCCACCUGUUGAUGGAUUCCACACCAUUCAGGAGGGAGAAUUCUUUAUGCUCAAGAAAGAUUCUCAGCGCAGAACAACAAUCGUUCAUGUUUUAACUGAAGAUGAAGAAAAGAUCUGUGAAUUUUGGAUGGCACAGUUACAGGAUCGUCUCAAAAAUCUACUAAUUACCUCGAAACAUCUUCAUAUUCUUCUUCAAGGUCUGUGUAAAUAUAUUCAAGAACAAAACAAAAGUAGCUUAGAAUCAGCAUAUAGUAUCAUUAAAGAAGAAAUUGACUUUGAUGGUAAUACUAUCCACCAGAUGCAGGUGUCUUUAUGUUUGUUUCAAGAAGCAGUCCAGUCAAUACUUAGAAGUCACAAUAUAAAACCACACUGGAUGUUUGCAUUAGACAAUUUAGUUAGAAGUUCUGUUCAAGCAGCCUUAACAGUGCUUUCACCUGAACUUGGAGCCAAUCUAGCAGCUCAGAAUCAUCGUGAGGAGGGAGACGAUGACUUGGAGGAAGGAUCAACAUCUGGCAUCUCAACCAUCAACUCUAUGAAGCAGUCGGACAGUUUUAAAAAAUAUCAUGGGCAGAAGUUACAGGAAAAAGGAAUCAGAUUGCUGGAGGAGAUGAUUAAUGUAAUGCAGCAGUUUUUAUACUCAUGGAAAGAAAAUAAUGUACCUGAUAGAAGCAAUUCACAAGCUCAAAACAAAAGAUGCUUGGAUUUUUUUUCUUCUGCCCAUGUGCAUGUUGCAUCUGGCAGUGAAAGUGAAUUCAAGGCAAGUGGCAGCUCCUUUGGUCUAAACCCAGCUAGUGGGGACAGUUCAAAUGCACCAAUACAAGUUGCAGUAUCUGUAUAUGGCCCUAAUGAAGAUCCAGAACUGAUUGAGUGGUUACAAAAUUUGGGACUGGAUAAGGAGAGUAUUGGAAAGUUUAUUACAGAAGCUUAUACUGUGGAUGAUGUGCUAAUGUUUCUCACCAGAGAGGAUUUAAGACGACUUGGACUCAGAGGUGGAAUGGAACUGCGAGUUUGGAGAGCAAUUGUUGAUCACCGAAAGAAAUCAUCCACACAAAAUCAUCCUACGAAAAACAAGUAAAAGUAUUAGCUGUUUACUGACAUCAAUAUGUAGAUUAUUUGAUCAUUUUCCUGUACACACAUUUUUUGAAGGUACUGUUUCAUAUUCAUAAAACCACCUCGUGGGGAAGAAGGAUCUUAAAAAUUCAUUUUUUCAGAUCCUCGUGUAGUUACUUGGUUUUUUUCAUGCAGAUUGUCUGAGCUGUUACUAGAAAGCUGUUAUACCCAUUGUUGUUGCAGUUUAAAUUUUAAUAAAAACUACUUGUUACAAACCCUAUUUUUGUUGUUUGUAAGAAAUCAAAAUAAUAAAUGGCUUAAUUAUUUUGAA